CCCGGGACCCGCACCAGCUCGAUACUGGAAGACCCAGGGCCAUUGGAUAAUUACAGCUGUAAAGGUUUUAGUAUCCCAGCGACGGCCAUGGAGAUGGAGAGCGAGGACCCGUACGGGGACUUUCGACGCUCGAUGGAGGAGAUGGUGGCGGCAAAUGAGGAGAUGAGGGAGUGGGAGAGCUUGGAGCAGCUGCUGGUCUGGUACCUGAGAGUCAACGGGAAGAGGAACCAUGGGUUCAUCGUCGGCGCUUUUGUCGACUUGUUGGUCGCUCUUGCUGCUUCCUGCGACGAUGAUGGCGGCGGAGGCGACGAGGGGAAGGAGACGGGCGCUUGUUGUGAUUCCGCGGCUACCUCGGUUCGUUUUGAGAUUGAGGAGGUGGAAGAAGGAAGUGGGUCCUGUUAGUGAUUUUAAUUAAUCUAUCUGUUUUUUUUUUCGAGGGGUUGUUGGGUAAUUUUCCUUUUAAUUUCUUACUGAUUUUUUGUAAGAUCUGGUUGGAAAUAUAUAGAGCAAUGUAUGAUAUAGUAGGUAGCUUUUUGUGUGAGUAAAAUUGAUCCGCGGUGGUCUUUGCUCAA